AGAUUUUCAGGUAGUCGUUCAAGAUUAGAUGCAAAAAUAUGACAAGUUGGAGAAGAUCGGUGAAGGAACUUAUGGUACCGUUUUCAAAGCUCGUAGUAAAGAAGGCGGCGAGGUCGUUGCGCUGAAGCGUGUUCGGCUUGAUGACGACGAUGAAGGUGUCCCGAGUUCUGCCUUACGGGAAGUUUGCAUCCUAAGAGAGCUGAAACAUCGGAAUGUUGUGCGACUAUAUGAUGUGAUAUACUCUGAAAGUAAACUGACGCUAGUUUUUGAGUAUUGUGAUCAGGACCUCAAGAAAUUUUUCGAUUCACUCAAUGGACACAUUGAUCAGCAGAUGGCCAAAUCGCUGAUGUUGCAAUUGUUGCGUGGACUAGCAUUUUGUCAUGCACAUCAUGUUCUCCAUCGUGACCUUAAACCGCAAAAUUUGCUUAUCAACUCAAAUGGGCAGUUGAAAUUGGCAGAUUUUGGCCUUGCUCGAGCCUUUGGAGUUCCUGUUAGGUGUUAUAGUGCUGAAGUAGUGACUUUAUGGUAUCGACCGCCUGAUGUACUAUUUGGGGCGAAAUUGUACAAUACUUCUAUUGACAUGUGGUCAGCUGGAUGCAUAUUUGCCGAGAUUUCAAACGCUGGCCGACCGCUUUUUCCGGGAGCUGAUGUUGAUGAUCAACUGAAGAGAAUUUUCAAACAGUUAGGCACACCUACUGACGAUACUUGGCCCGGAUUGUCACAGUUGCCUGACUUCAAACCCAUGCCGCUUUAUCAUCCAGCAAUGACAUGGGGUCAAGUAGUACCGAAUAUGUCAGCUAGUGGACGCGAUCUUCUACAGAAGCUACUCGUUUGCAAUCCGAAUGGUCGAUUGGACGCCGAAGGAGCCUUGCAACAUGCAUACUUCUCGGAUUAUGCUGAUGUUUGACUAGCUUUUCUUGUUUUUCCCAUUUUCUUUGUUAUUAAUCUAUGGUGCUUUAUAACUAACUUAUACCUGGGUAUUGUUCUGAUCUCAUCUAUAAAUGUGAUGAGUAUUC